AUGAGUGGCAUCGAGGUUGCAGUGUUGGCUAUAGCAGUCGUAAAUGCCAUCUCUGCAGGCCUUGCAGUACCAACAAAGCUUGAGAAGAAGUUGCAGCGGGUUCUCAGUAGUGAGACCCCCCUAGGACUACAAGAGCGAUCCGUGCUGGAGAGUUAUCCCGUCCCAAUCCUUUCUAGCGAUAAUGCUCUCCGUCUCUCGACAGAAAAAUACCACAGUGAGGCGGGCUUCUUGCGCGGGUACAAAGCUGGAAAGCAGGACACGAAUACUGCAUCAGGUCAAGUGUCAGGCUGGACUUCAGGGUCACCAGACAAGGACUUCUAG